ACUUUAAUUCCUGCUUAUAGCAGUCUUAUCGGCUGAGGAAACAGACACACACAACAUUGACUUGUGGGGGUCUUUAUGGAACACAGUUUGUGGCUGGACGAUGUACAAAAGAAGGGAUUACGUGGAGUUGUAUGAGAAAGACCAGGCCAAGUGGGCACUGGUGCGCAAUGUCAACACUGUGUUCAAACACAGCACCCUGCUACCGGGGGACUAUGUCUGGUUGGACCUCAAGACCGGCCGAGAGUUUGUUGUCCCCAUCGGUGCCGUGGUCAAGCUUUGCGACUCCGGCCAGAUCCAGGUCCUGGAUGACGAGGGAAAUGAGCACUGGAUCUCCCCUCAGAAUGCCACCAACAUCAAGCCCAUGCACCCCACCUCGAUCCACGGCGUCGAAGACAUGAUCCGGCUGGGGGACCUGAACGAAGCCGGCAUCCUCCGCAACCUGCUGAUCCGCUAUAGGGAGCACCUGAUCUAUACCUACACGGGUUCCAUCCUGGUGGCAGUGAACCCAUACCAGCUGCUGCCCAUCUACACAGCAGACCAGAUCCGCCUCUACACCAACAAGAAGAUCGGGGAGAUGCCACCCCACAUCUUUGCCAUCGCCGACAACUGCUACUUUAACAUGCAGCGAAACAACAAGGACCAGUGCUGUAUCAUCAGUGGGGAGUCUGGAGCGGGGAAGACUGAGAGCACUAAGCUGAUUCUGCAGUUUCUGGCAGCCAUCAGUGGGCAGCACUCCUGGAUCGAGCAGCAGGUGCUAGAGGCCAACCCCAUCCUGGAAGCUUUUGGUAAUGCCAAGACCAUCCGCAAUGACAAUUCCAGCCGUUUUGGAAAAUACAUUGAUAUUCAUUUCAACAAGAGGGGGGCUAUCGAGGGAGCCAAGAUUGAACAAUACCUUCUGGAGAAGUCUCGGGUGUGCAGACAGGCGCGGGAUGAGAGGAACUACCACAUCUUCUACUGCAUGCUGAAAGGCAUGACCCCAGACCAGAAGAAGAAGCUGGGCCUGGGGAAAGCCACUGACUACACCUACCUCACCAUAGGAAACUGCACAGUGUGUGACGGGCGGGACGAUAAGAAGGAGUACUCGAACAUCCGCUCGGCCAUGAAGGUGCUCAUGUUCACCGACACUGAGAACUGGGAGAUCUCCAAGCUCCUGGCUGCCAUCCUUCACAUGGGCAACCUGCGCUACGAAGCCCGUACAUAUGACAACCUGGAUGCAUGUGAGGUGGUGCGCUGUGUGGACCUGAGUACUGCCGCAAUGCUGCUGGAGGUUGACCCCAAAGACUUGAUGAACUGUCUGACCAGCCGAACCAUCAUCACACGAGGUGAGACAGUCUCAACCCCCCUCAGUAUGGAGCAGGCCCUGGAUGUGCGGGAUGCCUUCAUGAAGGGAAUCUAUGGUAGGCUUUUUGUGUGGAUAGUGGAAAAGAUCAAUGCUGCCAUCUACAAACCUCCAUCCAGUGAACCCAAGGCUGUUAGGAGAUCCAUCGGCUUGUUGGACAUCUUUGGAUUUGAAAACUUCACAAUCAACAGUUUUGAGCAGCUUUGCAUCAACUUCGCCAACGAAAACCUGCAGCAGUUCUUUGUGCGUCACGUGUUCAAGUUGGAGCAGGAGGAGUACAAUCUGGAGAACAUAAACUGGCAGCACAUCGAGUUCACUGACAACCAGGACGCUCUUGACAUGAUCGCCAUAAAGCCAAUGAACAUCAUCUCCCUCAUCGACGAGGAAAGCAAGUUCCCUAAGGGUACUGAUACCACCAUGCUGAAUAAGCUCAACUCCCAGCACAAACUCAACACCAACUACAUCCCACCCAAGAACACCUAUGAGACACAGUUUGGGAUACAGCACUUUGCUGGGGUGGUCUACUACGAGACAAGAGGCUUCCUGGAGAAGAACAGAGACACUCUGCACGGUGACAUCAUCCAGCUGGUCCACUCCUCCAAGAACAAAUUCAUCAAGCAAAUCUUCCAGGCUGAUGUUGCCAUGGGCGCGGAGACCAGGAAGCGCUCUCCCACGCUCAGCAGCCAGUUCAAACGCUCCCUGGAGCUGCUGAUGAGGACGCUCAGCGUGUGCCAGCCCUUCUUCGUCCGCUGCAUCAAACCCAACGAGUACAAGAAGCCCAUGCUGUUUGACAGGGAGCUGUGUGUCCGGCAGCUGCGGUACUCCGGCAUGAUGGAAACCAUUCGGAUCCGCCGGGCCGGAUACCCCAUACGCUACACAUUUGUGGAGUUUGUGGAUCGCUACCGAGUCCUCAUGCCCGGAGUCAAGCCAGCCUACAAGCAGGAGGACCUCAGGGGAACCUGCCAGCGCAUUGCUGAGGCCGUCCUGGGCAGAGACGAUGAUUGGCAGAUGGGAAAGACAAAAAUUUUCCUCAAGGACCAUCAUGACAUGCUGCUGGAGAUUGAGAGGGACAAGGCCAUCACGGACAAGGUCAUCCUCAUCCAGAAGGUGGUGCGGGGCUUCAAGGAUAGGUCCAAUUUCCUCAAGAUGAGAAAGUCAGCCAUGCUGAUCCAGAAGACUUGGAGAGGCUACCAAUGUCGGAAGAACUAUGGCGCAAUGCGGGCAGGCUUCUCGCGGCUGCAGGCGCUGUACCGGUCCCGUAAGCUGUACACCACGUACCACGUGGCCCGGCAGCGCAUCACGCACUUCCAGGCUCAGUGCCGCGGGUUCCUGGUGCGCCGGGCCUUCCGGCACCGCCUGUGGGCCGUCAUCACCAUCCAGGCCUACACCCGUGGCAUGAUCUCCAGGAGGCUUUACAAGAGACUCAAAGGCGAGUACCGGCGGCGCCUGGAGGCGGAGAAGAUGCGUCUGGCGGAGGAGCAGCGGCUGCGGAACCAGAUGAGCGCUAAGAAGGCGAAGGCGGAGGCGGAGAAGAUGCACCAGGAGCGUCUGGCGCAGCUGGCCCGCGAGGACGCCGAGCGCGAGAAGAAGGAGCGCGAGGAGGCGCGCCGGAAAAAGGAGAUGGUGGAGCAGAUGGAGAAGGCGCGGCACGAGCCCGUCAACGACUCCGACAUGGUGGACAAGAUGUUCGGCUUCCUGGGCACCACCAACUCCUUCCCCGGGCAGGAGGGCCAGGCACCAGCCGGGUUUGAGGAUCUGGAGCGUAAACAGAAGGAGCUGGAGGAGGAGGACUUGGAUGAGGCUCUUCCCCUCCCUGAAGAAGACGAGGAGGACCUCUCCGAGUACAAGUUCGCCAAGUUUGCUGCCACGUACUUCCAGGGCACCACCACGCACACCUACGUCCGCCGGCCACUCAAACAACCGCUGCUCUUCCAUGAGGAUGAGGGCGAUCAGCUGGCUGCCCUGGCUGUAUGGAUCACAGUGCUGAGGUUCAUGGGAGAUUUACCUGAGCCCAAGUACCACACAGCCAUCAGCGACGGCAGCGAGAAGAUCCCUGUCAUGACCAAGAUUUACGAGACUCUGGGAAAGAAGACCUACAAGAGGGAGCUGCAGGCCCUGCAGGGGGAGGGUGAGAGUGUACACAGUGACAGUCACAAGAAGAGCAGUGUGCGUCACAAGCUAGUGUCCCUCACUCUUAAGAAGAAGUCAAAGAUUACCGAGGAGGUCACCAAACGUCUUAAUGAUGGUGAGUGCACCAUGCAUGGGAACAGCAUGCUGGAGGACCGUCCCACCUCCAACCUGGAGAAGCUGCAUUUCAUCAUCGGCAAUGGAAUUCUCCGCCCCGCCCUCAGAGAUGAGAUCUACUGUCAGAUCUGUAAACAGCUCACUCAGAACCCGUCCAAGAGCAGCCACGCCCGUGGCUGGAUCCUCAUUUCACUUUGUGUAGGCUGCUUCGCCCCGUCCGAAAAGUUUGUCAAAUAUUUGAGGAACUUCAUUGGUGGUGGGCCCCCUGGUUACGCCCCUUACUGCGAGGAGCGUCUGAGGAGAACCUUCGUCAAUGGGACAAGGACACAGCCCCCAUCCUGGCUGGAGCUCCAGGCCACAAAAUCUAAGAAACCCAUCAUGUUGCCGGUGACCUUCAUGGACGGCACAACCAAGACCCUUCUGACGGACUCGGCCACCACGGCCAAGGAGCUGUGCAACGCGCUGGCCGACAAAAUCAGCCUGAGGGACCGCUUUGGCUUCUCCCUCUACAUCGCCCUCUUCGACAAGGUGUCCUCUCUGGGCAGCGGGAAUGACCAUGUGAUGGACGCGGUGUCGCAGUGCGAGCAGUAUGCCAAGGAGCAGGGGGCACAGGAGCGCAACGCCCCCUGGAGGCUGUUCUUCCGCAAGGAGAUUUUCACCCCCUGGCACAACCCCUCUGAUGACAACGUGGCCACCAACCUCAUCUACCAGCAGAUUGUGCGGGGGGUCAAGUUCGGGGAGUACCGCUGUGAUAGGGAGGAGGACCUGGCAGAGCUGGCCUCGCAGCAGUACUAUGUCGACUACGGAGCAGAGAUUCUGCUAGAACGUCUGCUCAGCCUCAUACCCUCCUACAUCCCCGACCGCGAAAUCAACUCCUCCAGGACCGUGGAGAAGUGGGCCCAGUUCAUCAUGGCUGCACACAAAAAGGGAAUCUACACACAGAAGAGGAUGGAACCACAGAAGGUUAAGGAGGAAGUAGUGGAUUUUGCUCGAUAUAAGUGGCCUUUGCUCUUUUCCCGGUUUUAUGAGGCCUUCAAGUUUUCAGGUCCCAGCUUGCCAAAGAAUGAUGUCAUUGUGGCUGUGAACUGGACGGGAGUUUACUUUGUGGAUGAACAGGAACAGGUCUUGCUGGAGCUCUCCUUCCCAGAGAUCAUGGCAGUGUCCAGCAGCAGAGGAGGCAAGCUGCAAGGACAGAGCUUCACUCUGGCCACUAUCAAGGGGGACGAGUACACCUUCACAUCCAACAAUGCUGAGGACAUCCGUGACCUGGUCGUCACCUUCCUGGAGGGGCUGAGGGGGAGGUCAAAGUUUGUUGUGGCCCUGCAGGACAACCCCAAUCCCACUGGGGAAGACUCCACCUUCCUGAGCUUUGCAAAGGGUGACCUCAUCCUCCUGGACCAGGAAACUGGGGAGCAGGUGAUGAAUUCAGGAUGGGCCCAUGGCAUCAAUGACAGGACCAAACAGAGGGGCGACUUCCCAGCCGACUGUGUCUAUGUGCUGCCCACAGUAACCAGACCCCUGCCUGACAUUGUAGCUUUGGUCACCAUGACACCAGACCAGCGGCAGGAGUCCAUCCGUGUGUCGCAGCUGGUCCUGACGGACAGUGAGGAAAGGGUUAAACCAUACACACUGGAGGAGUUUUCCUACGACUACUUCAGGCCCCCUCCAAAGCACACGCUGAGUAGGGUGAUGAUCACGAAGAACAGGGGGAAGGACAAGCUGUGGUCCUGCACCAGAGAGCCCAUCAAGCAGCCGCUGCUGAAGAAGGUGCUGAACCAUGAGGAGCUUUCCCAAGAGGGCUGCAUGUCCUUCAUUGCUAUAAUGAAGUACAUGGGUGAUUACCCAUCCAAGCGAACGCGCACUGUCAACGAGCUCACUGACCAGAUAUUUGAAGGGGCCUUGAAGGCGGAACCUCUGAAAGAUGAGAUCUUCUGCCAAAUCCUCAAGCAGCUCACUGACAACCACAUCAAGUAUAGUGAGGAGAAGGGCUGGGAGUUGCUGUGGCUCUGUACAGGCCUCUUUCCCCCGAGCAAUGUGCUUCUGCCCCAUGUCCAGAGGUUCUUGCAGUCCAAGAAACACCACCCCCUCGCCCCUGACUGCAUGCAACGGCUGCAGAAGGCCCUGAGAAACGGCUCCAGGAAGUAUCCCCCACACCUGGUGGAGGUGGAGGCCAUUCAACACAAAACCACGCAAAUCUUUCACAAAGUGUACUUCCCUGAUGACACGGACGAGGCUUUUGAAGUGGAGUCUAGCACAAAAGCCAAGGACUUCUGCCUGAACAUCUCUGAGAGACUGCUCCUUAAGUCCCCAGAUGGAUUCAGCUUGUUUGUGAAGAUUUCUGACAAGGUGAUUAGUGUACCAGAGGGAGACUUCUUCUUUGACUUUGUCAGGCACCUGACUGAUUGGAUCAAGAAAGCCAGACCUGCAAAAGAUGGUAUAGUGCCUUCAUUAACGUACCAGGUGUUCUUCAUGAAAAAGCUGUGGACUAACACUGUACCGGGGAAGGAUUCUUUUGCUGACUCCAUAUUCCAUUACUACCAGGAACUGCCCAAGUACCUGCGUGGCUACCACAAGUGCUCCCGUGAGGAGGUCUUCCAGCUGGGGGCCCUUAUUUACCGUGUCAAGUUUGAGGACGACAAGUCCCACUUUCCCACCAUUCCCAAGAUGCUGAAGGAGCUCGUGCCCCAGGACCUGAUCCGCCAGCUCUCGCCCGAUGACUGGAAACGGUCUGUCGUGGCCUACUUCAACAAGCAGGCAGGGAAGUCUAGAGAGGAGGCCAAGUUAAUGUUCUUAAAAAUCAUUUUCAAAUGGGCAACAUUUGGAUCUGCCUUUUUUGAAGUAAAGCAAACCACAGAGCCAAACUUCCCGGAGAUUCUGCUUAUAGCCAUCAACAAGCAUGGUGUUAGUUUGAUUGACCCAAAGAACAAGGACAUCUUAACAACACAUCCCUUCACGAAGAUUUCCAACUGGAGCAGCGGCAACACCUACUUUCACAUCACCAUCGGAAACCUGGUGCGCGGCAGCAAGUUGUUGUGCGAGACUUCACUGGGCUACAAGAUGGAUGACCUUUUGACCUCCUACAUCAGUCAGAUGUUGACCACCAUGAGCAAGCAGCGCAGCUCUCGAGGAAUCAGCAAGUGAACUGAUUACUGGCGAGAGGCGGCAGAGCUGGUCCGCUUGCUCCGCCCCAUGGGCCAGCCCUGCAGCUGGGGGCGGAGCUUCUCCACCCACCUGUGGAGGAUGAGCCGCAGCCCCUCCACCAGCUCCGCCGAGCUUGAUGUCGAUGAGCCCUCCCUCUCAUCCCCCUCGAGUGAGGAUGACUACCUCUGAGCCCCAUCUGGCACUCUCUAACUCAGCCACCUGACCCAACCCCCUCCCAUUACACUGAGCAGCCAGCCAGGACCCCCCCAGGACAGGACUAGGAUGCUUUCAUCAGCCACAGUGACAAUUCCAUACAUGCAGCCAUGUAAGUGCUUUCUCACACCUCCCACACACAUUUAUGUCCACAUAGACUCAACUGUUGUAUCUAAUUUAAGAAUGGUACUUGAAACAUUUUCAAGGGCUUAAGACUGCAGAGGCUUGUCCUUGGGCAGUUACUUUUCAGGGUCACAUGAGUACUGGCCAACAUGGAUGUUAAAUCUUGUCACUGUGUGAUUAGCUACUCUAAAUAUAGAUAUUUACCGGAUAUUUAGAAAUACAGUAAAAGCAUUAAUAUAUUGUGUAAUGAUGGCUUUGUCACAUGGGUUUACAAUAUUGUAACUGAAUGGGUUUUGUUAUUAUUGUAUUUGAUAUCCUUUAUGGUUUUCCAUUUCUUGUUUUUGAAGGCCUUAAGGUGAUACUUUUUCCCAUUUGUGUAACUGAGUUCACUGUUUAUAUAUUUUAUGUUUAGAUACUAAGAAAUUCUCUGACACAUUCACUUGGAGAACAGCUUGCUGAAGCAUUGUGUAUGUGUCCUGCAGUUAUUUCACUGUGCUGUUCAUCUUUGAGCGAAGGACAAAAAUCCCAAACAAUUUUGGUGCUGUUAGAAAAACUAGGAAAAAAAGAAAUAGUACAAAAAGAAAUAGAAAUAAAUGUGGAGUCUCUGAAACGCCGUUACUUACAGCCUUAUGAAAUGUCUGUCUGGGUCAUAGUGGCCAGGAGGGAUGCAUUGUUAGCAUUGGGAAUAAACUGGCCUGAAACAGCAAAGUAUAAGAUUGUCAUAGUUAUUGCACUCACUGGACGCUGAGCGCAAGUCAGAUUUUUUCCCCCAGUCAUCCUGUAGUUGUCCUAUUGCAGAAGUACAGUUACACCUUGUCUUAAAUUCACUCAUGGCCUUUGUAUCCUUUGACUGCAAACAUGUAAAAUGAUAAACGUAUGUUCUUUCUGAGGAAGAGGAAGAAAUCGGUCUUCUUUAAAAAUUAAACCUUAUCGCAUAGCACAGAACACCUAAUUUAUGGUAGGAUCCAACAAAAGAUGGCUGGAGUUUCAUCUUCGCCCAGCAUGAAAUGUUGACCAAUUUUUUGUUAAAGAUCGAAGUCGCAACGACAUGCAUCCAUCUCAAGUGAGAUAUCACACUGCAGAACCUCUUGCUGCACACUGACCAAAGAGGUACUGGAGUAUUGUGUCCUUGUAAAUUCUGGCAUGUAUGCUAUUUCAUUAACACAACUUACUGUAAGUAGGGGCAGUCUUUAUCCUGCUAGUUUAACCUGAACAAGUACAAAAUUUCAGUAUUCAAAUAUUACUGAAACGGGGAUGGUCCUAAAGCAUGUGAAAAGUAAUGGUUUCAGAUGUGUGUCCCAUAGGUUGUGUGUCUAGUUUACUCUAGUAAACAAAACAGUUCAUAUAUAUUUAAUGCAGGCAGUAUCUAUGUUGUAAUACUGUUUUAAUUCUGAAUGCACAUAAAAAAGUAUUUUGUAUUUGAAGUGUUCACAGCUGAGAGAAUGGUUACCUCUGUAUGCAGAUCAUGAAGUUUUCCCUUAUGAAAGGAAAACCGCUGUUUUAUAAAACUGAACAAAUAAAAUUGUCUUUAAAUCUGC